CGGCGCGGGCUCGCCAUGGCGCUCCGCCAGCGGGACGCUGCCGGCGAAGGCAAAGAGGAGCCAGCCGAGCUGUACGGCGACGGCGCCGAGGCGGGGCAGCCCGCGCACGUGAGAGGCCCCGUGCCCAAGUGGUCGGAGCAGCUGACGGCGCGCGGCCUGGUGGUAGCCGCGACCGUCGGCAUCAUGUACAGCGUCAUCGUGAUGAAGCUCAACCUCACCACGGGGCUCGACCCCACCCUCAACGUCUCCGCCGCGCUCAUCUCCUUCGUCAUCCUCCGCGUCUGGACGCAGGCGACGGCCCGCCUCGGCUUCGCCGUCCGCCCGCUCACGCGCCAGGAGAACACCGUCAUCCAGACAUGCGCCGUCGCCUGCUACGGCAUCAGCUCCGCCGGUGGGUUUGGGUCCUAUCUGCUUGGGCUCAGCAAGAAGACCUACGAGGCGGCCGGGACGGACAUCGAGGGCAACGUGGGAUGGAAAGAGCCCGGCAUCGGCUGGAUGACCGGCUACCUCUUCGCCGUCAGCUUCGUCGGGAUCCUCGCGCUCGUCCCUCUCAGAAAGAUUUUGGUGAUUGACUACAAAUUAUCUUACCCAAGCGGAACUGCAACUGCCGUGCUUAUAAAUGGAUUUCAUGCGCCUCAGGGAGAUGAUUUGGCAAAGAUGCAAGUGAAAGGAUUCACAAAAUACUUUGUAAUCAGCUUCUUCUGGAGCUUUUUCCAGUGGUUUUACUCUGGUGGAGAUAAAUGUGGGUUUUCGCAGUUUCCCACUCUUGGACUACGAGCAAGGAAACAAACGUUCUUCUUUGAUUUCAACCUCACAUAUGUUGGGGCAGGGAUGAUUUGCCCCCACCUUAUCAAUAUAUCUCUCCUUCUCGGUUCUAUUCUCUCCUAUGGUAUAAUGUGGCCACUGAUUUCUGAUCUGAAAGGGAACUGGUAUCCGGCAGAUUUACCAGAAAGCAGCAUGAGAAGCCUGCAAGGUUACAAGGCAUUCAUUUGCAUAGCUCUCAUCCUAGGAGAUGGCAUGUACAAUUUUGCAAAGAUCAUUGUAUCGACCAUUUGGAGUAUAGUCGACAAAUCAGAAAAGAAGAAGACCAAGAAAGAGGAAGAUAUUCUCUCGCUGGAUGACCUCCAUCGCAAUGAAGUUUUUACGAGAGAGAGUCUUCCUAAUUGGAUAGCCUUCUUGGGUUAUUUUGGAUUAUCGCUCAUUGCUGUUAUUACUAUUCCCUUGAUGUUCCCUGAGAUAAAGUGGUACUAUGCUAUCAUAGCAUACAUAUUGGCUCCUGCCCUGGGUUUCUCCAAUGCCUACGGAUCCGGCCUUACUGACAUCAACAUGGCCUUCAACUAUGGAAAAGUUGCUCUACUCAUUCUUGCAGCCACUGCUGGAAAAGAACAUGGUGUAGUUGCUGGGAUGGUAGGCUGUGGUAUGGUGAAAUCUAUCGCAUCGAUAUCUGCUGAUCUGAUGCAGGAUUUCAAAACUGGGCAUCUUACAUUAACAUCACCUAGAUCAAUGCUUAUUGCUCAGAUUGUUGGCACCGUCAUGGGAUGUAUCAUCGCGCCGCUGGCAUUCUUUGUGUUCUACAAUGCCUUUGACAUAGGCAACCUGAAUGGGCCCUGGAAGGCACCGUAUGCUCUAAUAUACCGAAACAUCGCAAUUCUUGGCGUCGAGGGCUUCUCUGCUCUGCCCAAGCACUGCUUGCAGCUGUGCUGUGGAUUCUUUGCCUUUGCACUGGUGGCCAACCUUAUGAGGGAUUUCCUCCCGCGGAAAUAUGGCAAAUGGAUUCCCUUACCCAUGGCAAUGGGGUUUCCCUUCCUUGUUGGCGCGAGCUUUGCCAUCGACAUGUGUGUCGGGACCUUGAUAGUUUAUAUCUGGCACAAGAUUGACAAAAGCAAAGCAGUGCAUAUGGUGCCGGCAGUUGCUUCUGGUUUUAUCUGCGGAGAUGGACUCUGGAUCUUCCCAGCUUCCUUGCUUUCACUGGCCAAGAUCACUCCACCAAUGUGCAUGGCGUUUGAAUCUACCCGGUAGAUGAAUAUCAUGCAUGAGGUUAGUCGCUGGGAAUCUUUGUAUCUGUGUCGCUGAAAACUGGCCUUACAGAACGUUGCAUCUAGUUUUGGGUAUAACUUAGUUGUAGCUUUACGUUUUACAGGUAAAAGGGUGUUUGUCCCCUUUUGGUUUCCUAAAUGUUGCAAAACCACUGAGAUACGGAGCUGUUUGCCUCACCAUCAGUUUCUUAAUGAAACUGGGAACCCUUGUGGGGUUCCUUCAAUCAAAAAAAAAGAGAGAGGUUAGUCGCAGUUCCAUUCCAUGGCUGAGAUUUUGCAUGCUAGGGUGAAUAAUAAGCUGAAUGGUAAAUCCACAGGAUGUAAAAUUGUAAGAAGUGUCUUUCAGGAGCAGCUGGUCCAAUUGCCAAAUACAAGUUUCCAGCUGUCCUCUGCAGAAAUCAUCAUCGGAUAUAAACCACUGAGUGUGCGUUGUCAGUUGACGACAUGACGGUGUGUAUAAAUUGAUCAGUGCAAGACCGGGUAUUAAGACAGAUGCGCCGUCUCAAAUUCAACAAAACAACCCCAAUGAAUUACCUAUUCGAACACUGAAGAAAUGCAAUUAUCUUUGUGUGGCCAAGUUUUUUUCAACGUGAAGUGCCCAUAUCAGCACUCCCUUGUACAGUAUCUCGGAUUCUCAGUUAGCGUUAUAAUAUCAAGGUCACAGCUUCAAGACA